AUGUUGGGGUGGGUGACUAAGGACCCAUGCAUUGGUCCAACUAAAUUGGUUGAGAAGAUCUAUGAGGUUUAUAAUAUUGAGGUACCGUACAUGAGGGUAUUCUAUGGUAAAGAAAUGGCUCUUGACAAUAUAUAUGGCCCGUGGAAAGAUAGCUUUCGGUUGUUGUACAUAUGGAAAGCUGAAGUGGAGAGGGCAUGUCCUGAUAGUGUUGUUGAGAUUGAUAAGGAGAUGGUGAAGUAUAAUUUGAGAGGCAAGGUAAAGGAAAAGGAAUGCUUUAGGAGAGUUUUUGUGUCAUACAAGGCAUGCUGGAGUGGAUUCUUAAAUGGUUGUAGGCCCUAUUUAGUAGUGGAUGCAACUGCUCUAAAUGGAAGGUUCAGAGGACAGUUAGCAUCUGCUUGUGCUAUUGAUGCCCAUAAUUGGCUCUUUCCUAUUGCUUAUGGUGUGCUGGAGACAGAAUCAGAAGAGAGUUGGACUUGGUUUCUACAGAACUUGCGUCAGAUGAUUGGGUUUUCGGAUGGGUUGGUCAUACACACGGAUGCUUGUAAGGGUUUGGAAAUUGCUGUAGAGAAAGUGUUUCCUCAAGUGGAGCAUAGGGAAUGCAUGCGGCACCUUGCUGGAAAUGUAAAUAGAGCAAAACAUAGAGGGAAGUUAGUUGAUGACAACUUAUGGCAAUCGUCACUGACAUACAGCCUGAAGAAGCAUGAGUAUCACUUGAAUCAGUUGUAUAAAAAUCCUAAGCUGGAGAAAUUCUUACAAGAUAACCACAAGAAGGUGUGGGCUAGAAGCAAACUCAAUGAACUCUGCAAGGUUGACUAUGUGAACAAUAACCUUGCAGAGUGUUUCAAUUCAUGGAUUAGAGAUACAAAGGGACUUCAUUUGGUAGAUUUGUUGGACGCCAUCCAAAGGAUGAUUAUGGCAAAGUUUUUACUGCGCCAAAAAAUUGCAGCUGCAAAGUUUGCUGGCCACCAAAUUAUUCCAGCUGUCAUGAAGAAAUUGCAUGAUAAAACUGACGGUCUCAGAAUGACAUUGGUUAGGCGCAAUAAUUUUGCGGCAGAGGUGACAGCAAUGGAUAAAGAGAAGAGAGAAUGGAGGUAUCAUGUAAAUUUACAGAGAAAGACAUGUAGUUGCAGACAAUGGAAGAUCACUGGAUUGUCGUGCAUUCAUGCCUUGUAUUUCAUUACUUCUCUUCGUGGUCUAGCUUGUGAGAUUGAUCAGUAUGUACAUGGGUACUACUCUGUUGCCAGGUUUAAUGCUACGUAUGUUGAUAAUGUGCCUUCUAUUGAGGGAAAGCACCAGGGGACAACAGUUGAUCCAGAAUUUGUUCUUCAUGCUCCAGUUCAGGGGAGAGCUCUAGGAAGGCCAAGAAAGGUCAGAAUAAGAUCAAGUGCAGAAGGUAGAAAAGGACUUGGACCUAGGAAGCGGAUAUGUAAAAGAUGUGGAGGAUUGGGUCAUAUUGCUAGAACUUGUAAAAAUGCUGUUGACCCAGCUUUUGGUGAAGAUGAGCAUUGGGGUGUAGAAAAUGUUGUUGACCCAAUUUUUAGUGAAGAUGAGCAUUGGGGUGCAAAAAAUGCUGGAGAGGCAGAUGCUGAAUCCACUGAUGUUGCACCUGAGUCUCCACUAGUUGAGCCAUAUGAAAUUGCUGUUGAGUCUCCACUAGCUGAGCCCUCCGAUAUUGAUGUUGUGCCACUUCUGCCUGAUCCCUCCGAUGUUGUUGUUGUGCCACUAUCUGAGGCCUCUAAUGCUACAAAAGCUAGGUAUUAUUCGUUUACAUACUUCUUCCUUUCUUAUGUUUAUCAGUAA